GUUUAUUUAAAAAAUAAAAUACAAUUAAUUAAUUAUCGAAUCUAAGUAAAAUGAGAUUGAAAAUAUCUUUAUGUGUUCUAAUUACGUUAUGUGGUGGUGUAUAUAAUACUCAUGGUUUCGCAAUAAAGGCAACCAAUAAAAUUACUAGCAACGAAUGGCACUGUACAAAUAUAUGUAAAUCUUGCUAUGGCGAACCAUAUUUCGAUAAAAUCAAUGAAAAAUGUUAUUGUUCAUUAAGAAAAGGAAACUCGAUCGAAGAUAGAACUUGUCGUGAUGCAAUGAAAAUGAAUGCGAAACUUCACGAUAUACAUUUAAUAAUAAAAGAAAUUCCAGAACCAUCGAACAGGGUACGUCGAGAAGAACCUGAAAUUGAAAUAACUACACCCAAAACGGAAAUAAUUCAAACUACAAACAAAGCCGCCACUGAAACUCUCACUGAUGCACCAGAACCAAUUGUAGCUGAGGGUAAUCCAGAAUCAACAGCAACUACUACAAUAAAACCUGCUGAAAAUGCAAAUCUAGUUGCUGCAACUAAUACAAAGGCAAGAGCUAACUCUAAUAAAAAUGUCAUUGAGCGAAAAGCACGGCCUCAAAAACUGAUUGGAGCAACAAGAAAGUCAAGUGGUACGCAAGAUAAACAAAUUGAUGAUCUUGUAGCAGAAGCACAACAAAAAGUUGAAGAAUUUGUUGUGAUUCAUAGACAGAAUCCAAAAGAAGCCCAAAAUAAGAUAAAAGACAUUCAAGGUACAUUUAACAAGGUUGCAAGUCGUUUGAAACAGACCAAUGAGCCACCCACAUUACAAGAACGAAUUAAUCAAUUUGAAGAACGUCUUGCAUCACGUAAAGUAACAACAGCACCAUCAACAUUAAUUGUAGAACCAGAGAAUUUAGGUGAAACAAAUCCUGAAGAAAAUGCAAACAAUGCAAUAGUUGGAAGUCGAAGACAUCCAAGUCAUAGGCAAAGAAUUCCAUUAUCACGACGUAUUACAACACACAAUGAGGAACAUUUAAGGCCACGAUUAUCUCAUAAUGAAAAUGAAGAAAACACACGUGCGAGAAUCAGAUUAGGACGUUUACGACUUCGAGAUCGUCUAGGUGCUAAAAAUCCAACUGAAACAACAACACAAAUUAAUGAAGAAAUGGGAAAUGAUUUGAAUAAUGAAAUAACAAGUGCCAAAAAUACUGAAACAAUAAAUGAGACAAAAACAGAUGAAUUAUUAACAAAUGCAAAUGUGGAAAAUGUAGAAACAAAUCCUAUUAAUAACGAAAUAUAA